UUUCUUCACUCCUGAAAAAACAAAAAACAAAAAUGGGUUCUACAGAAAGACCAAAAAAAAGAGCUCACCUUUGCAAAAAAGCCAUCCUCCAUUUCUCCCUCUGCUUCAUCAUGGGCUUCUUCACCGGUUUCGCUCCGACCGCCACCAAAUCCUCCACCUCCACCUCCACCAUCACUCUCUCAAACACAACCAAAAUCCUCCCGAAUUUCACCCGGAACCUGGCAGCGGAACCGCCACCACCGGCUAGGAAGAGAGAUCGGGAGGAGUUAGUGAAGAAGAUGGUAGCGCCGAGAAGGCAGAUCAUCAUCGUGACUCCGACGAGGAGUGGCGAUAGGAAUAGAGAAGUAUGGUUGAGGAGAUUGGGGAAUACGAUACGGCUUGUUAGGCAGCCAUUGUUGUGGAUUGUGGUGGAGGCGAAAAGAGAAGGGAGUAAUGUGGCGGAGAUAAUGAGGAAGACGGGGAUUAUGUAUAGACAUUUGGUUUUCAAAGAGAAUUUUACGGAUUCUGAAGCGGAGAUGAAUCAUCAAAGGAAUGUGGCUUUGAAGCAUAUUGAACAUCAUCGGCUUAGUGGGAUUGUUCACUUUGCUGGACUUUCUAACUUUUACGAUCUUCGAUUCUUCGAUGAACUCAGGGAAAUUGAGGUGUUUGGGACAUGGCCAAUGGCACUGGUGACAGCAAACAAAAAGAAGGUGGUAAUUGAAGGGCCAAUUUGUGAUUCUUCUCAAGUAAUUGGAUGGCAUUUGAAAAAAAUGGCUAACCAAACACAAUCUAAACCCCAAAUCCAUAUUUCCAGCUUUGCUUUCAAUAGUUCCAUUCUUUGGGACCCUGAAAGAUGGGGCAGAACUUCCUCUGUCCAAGACACUUCUCAGAAGUCUGUCAAUUUCGUGAAACAAGUAGUACUUGAAGAUGAAGCAAAACUAACCGGCAUUCCUUCGGGAGAUUGCUCAAAAAUCAUGCUAUGGAGCCUUCGUACCUCCACGAAAACUGCGCCAGACAAUCAACACCUGCCACCUGUACAGGAUGUCACCCAAACUCCGUCACAGCAGGGGACAUGAUAAAGUUAAGUCCAAAAUGAUCCGACGGCUGAAACCAUAUCUGUGGGAGCGUAUAUUCGCCCAUCCAACGGUUCUUAAUAUUUCCAAUUUUUAUUUGAUUUUCUUUUCCAGAGAAUAUUUUUUAUAGGUUUUUAGUACAUAAUGUUCCUCAAUUGUAAGUUUGACACUUUUAAUUGGUAAUUAAAUGAACUAAUAGGUUGAUCAGUUGAAGCCUGGUGGGCUGGUGGUCGACUCUGUAAAGUGGAAGUUUCCAGUAAUUUUGAACUUGAAUUUUUGGGGAUGAUUUUGAAAA